GCGCUCGGCCGCGCUCUCCCCCGGCGGGGCCUGCCGCUGGGCGGGGAGGCCUCCGCCGUCUCGGCCGGGGCUGCUGCCGGCGCGCCCUCUGCUGUCUCUGGGGCUGCUGCAGCUGAUCCUGGGCUGCUGCCUGGUGGCGCUCAGCUUCGGGGCGCUGUCCCUCAGCAGCUCCCCGCAAGUGAAGAACUCCUGCCCCUUCUGGGCCGGCUCCUCGGUAAUUUUAUCGGGAAUUAUAGGAUUAACCACAUGGAAGAGACCAAUGAUACUUCUGGUUAACCUGUUUGUUUUGCUUUCUGUCAUUUGUGUUCUCUUGAACCUGGCUGGAUUCAUCCUGGGAUGCCAAGGUGCUCAAUUUGUAUCCAGUCUCCCUAGAUGUGAUCUGGCUGAUGUGGGUGAAAGUAAGUUUUGUUUCUGUUGUGAAGAAUUUCUGCCAGAAAAAUGCACAGAGAAAGAUAAUGCGCUGAAGCUGUAUCCCGUCCAACCAUGUGGUGCAGUUCACCUUCUACUCAAGAAAGUUCUUUUUGCUCUCUGUGCUCUGAAUGCCUUGACCACUACUGUAUGCCUAGUAGCUGCUGCCCUACGUUAUCUGCAGAUAUUUGCCACAAGAAGAUCCUGCAUAGAAGAGCCCCAUGUUUAUGUGGAGGAAGCUGAAGAACAAGGCCACGCUUCUGAUCCAGAAGAUUUUGUGCCACCAGUACCACCUCCCUCAUAUUUUGCUACAUUUUACUCUUGUACGCCUAGGAUCAAUCGCAGGAUGCUGGGUUCUGAUGUCAUCCCACUGCCACAUAUUUAUGGAGCCAGAAUUAAAGGAGUUGAGGUUUUCUGUCCGCUUGAUUCCCCACCUCCUUAUGAAGCUGUGGUUGGCCAGAAUCAUGCGCAGGUACUGUCCAUUGGAUUCCACCAACUUGAUGUGCUUUCACAGCAGGGAAACACAUUUCAAAUUUCAGAUGCUUCAGAAGCAGUGAUUGGCUCACCAGGACAGAAUGAGGCACAAGUAUCUCCAGUAGGUGGUGAUGAAUGUAAUUCUAUAACUAGAGAGACCACCUUGCAUCCGGAUGCCAGUUUAGUCCCUGCAGGAACCUCCAAGACAGUCCUCAAGCCUCUCAGGAAACGAUCAAAAAGUGAUCCUGUGCUGCAUGGAUUUCCACCAAGAGGUCCAGUGCUGAGUUGUGAAGCUGCUACCCAAACAGAAUUAAAACCAGAACUAGCUACUGUCACUUUGCGAAAGAGUCUGAGAGCAAAGGCCUUGCGCUCACGGCCUCGGUCUUUGAUAGACUACAAAUCCUACAUGGAUACUAAACUGCUCGUGGCAAGGUUUCUAGAGCAGUCGUCCUGCACCAUGACCCCUGACAUACAUGAACUAGUGGAAGACAUAAAAUGUGUUUUAAAAUCAGAUGAGGAGCACAUGGAGGAAGCCAUCCACAGUGCCAGCUUCCUUGAGCAGGUAAUGAUCCCUGCGUGUUCAUCUGCAUCAAAGGCAUAUACGCUGCCUUUUAGAAAGCACCCGGGACUCCUGCACUUGGAGAGCUGUGGGGAUGUGAGUACUUUUACUACAGCAGAAACUCGGCGGCUGGAGAAAACACAGAGGUCAGAGCCUGAACGGCCACAUAGUCUCAUUGGAGUUGUACGCGAAACAGUGCUCUGAACUAAUAGCUAUGAGUACUUUUAUCAGAUGCAAUGAACAGACCAGAAAACCACUCUGUGAAAAAACAAGUUAAUCUGUAUUUCAUACUUAUUGCUGCUUUUGGAAACAAUACUUGAGGACACUGUUGGAAGAGGUUACUUCUAGGAAAACCUCAGAAUGUUCCAAUGUUGAAGCUGUCUUUAAACCAAGUAUAUUCAGGUGCAAUUUGUAUAUAUGAGAAGCACUUUUUAUUGGGUGUUGGGAAGAAAUAAGAGCAUGUGUUUGAAGAUGUUUGGAAGCAAUUGAUUCAUUCUACUUAAACUUCUGUAGAAUGGCUUUAUGCCUCCAGUAGCUGUGGUUUCACUUGCGAUCUGCAGUUAAUUGCUUGUGUUUUGUCUCCAAGGAAAUAUGUGAUAGAGUUAGCCAUUGGAAUUGAUGUCAAACUAAAAGUGUUCUCUCCUCCACCCUUCUCUGGAGAUCAAUUGGUGCUAUACACCCAUUAGUGGAUGAAUCACACCCUCAAUCACAACUAUUCAGCUGGAUAAAUAUGUAAUGGAAAACACCAAUGUUGUCCACAUGUACUGUGUUAAGAGUAAAAACAAAAUUAAUAUAAAGAGUUUACAAUGGGCCUCUCAGCCAUUGAAUGAA